AUGGAGCAACAACUCCUGUCGCUCUUGGCAGACACCCAGUCGCCAAAGGCCGGCAGCAGAAAAGCCGCAGAGUCCCAACUGGAGCAGCUCUAUGGUCAUGAAGCCUUCCCAACCUCGCUCACAGCAAUCGCAUCACACGAUUCGGUCCCAGUCCACCUCCGCCAGUCCGCCCUAUCUAUCCUGCGCACCUUCAUCGCCGCCGGUUGGUCCCCAAUCCUCGACGAGUUCAAGGGUCAGAUCCUCGUCAACGAUGCCAACAAAGUACACGUUCGUCAGUCCUUACUAGCCAUCGCCACUUCGGAUAUUUCUGAGCGCAAGGUGAAGAACUCUGCCAGUUAUGCUGUUAGCAAGAUUGCCAGUGCCGACUUCCCGGACGACUGGCCGGAGCUCUUGCCCUCGCUCCUCCAGAUUAUCAACGACUCUUCCAGUACCGAUGGUCAGUUGCACGGCGCAUUGAAGGUUCUCCUGGACCUUGUGGAUACCGGAUUCAGUGAGGAGCAGUUCUUCAAUGUGGCUCGUGACCUUGUUUCCUCCCUUUUCGCCGUGGCUACUUCUGAAGCUAGACGGCCAGUGCUGCGCGCUUUGGCUGUCGCAGUCUUCCGCUCUUGUUUUGAUACCCUAGAGAUGGUCCUGGAACAACACAAGAACGCCAUUAAACAAUUUAUGGAUGAGGUUCUCAGUGGAUGGUCACCAUUCCUCGAUGGCACUUUGAAAGCACCCCUGCCACAACCUCCUAGUGAAGAGGAAGCUCAUAAACAAGGGGAUAUUGCAACGCAGUGGAGGGGUGUCGUUGGAUUGAAGAUACAGGUCGUCAAGACACUUAUGAAAAUUCGUAUGGUUUUCCCUGCUCUUUUGACAGCUCAGAGCACACUAUUCUUUUCGACUGUCUGGGCCGAGCUCACCAAUGCUUUGUCUGUUUAUCAAAAUUUUUACAUCGAGGACGAGCGACAGGGCAGACUAGAAGAUGGAGAUGGUCUGCCUCAUUCGCUUGACUUCUUGAUACUUGAAGAGCUCGACCUUAUUCAAGCGUUGUUGAAAGCUCCGCCUGUCAAGGCAGAGCUUCAACAGCAACUGCAGAAUGCCGGCGCUACUGCCAGUACCUCUAGCUGGCUCCCAGAGAUUAUGAAGCUUGCCAGCUCCUAUGCACAAAUCACUACGGAGGAAGAGGGUCUGUGGGAAAUUGAUGUCAACCUCUUCCUUUCCGAAGAAACAUCUCUUACGGCUAACUGCACUCCUCGUACCAGCAGUGGUGACCUCGUCAUCAAGACUGGUGAAUGGCUGAAGAAUAUCGCAGCUGAGGGUCUCCUUGGCUACAUGGACACACUUUUCGCUGAUAACACUGUUUCAUGGAAACCCCGCGAAGCUGCUCUUUACAUUUUGAACAGCAUGCUCCGCGACUUCAGUGAAGUUGACCAAACAAUCUCCCCAGAGCUGGCAAGCAGGUUCACUAAAUUUGUUCAAUAUGCCAUCCAACAGGAGCAGGAGCUUUUGCGUGCUCGGGGCUACCUCGUAGCCGGUGCUUUAUCCAAGGUUGCCGGCGAGGCUUUCCACCAGACUACAUCCUCAUAUCUCGAGGCGACUCUCAAAGCAAUUGCAGAGGACCCCGCGGAGGUGGUCAAGGUGGCUUGUAUCCGUGUGCUACAAGAUCUCAUGCCCUCCCUGCCCUCAAACCUGGCACGCCCAUUCCAGGCCUCAGUCAUCUCGGCAAUUUCAGAGUUCAUUUCGGCCCAUGAUCUUCGUGAGCAGACUGACGCUGACGAUCUCAAGGUCACCUUGGCGGAGACUCUUCGGGAUACUAUCAUGGCCGAACCUUCCGUGGUCCUUUCUUCUGUUGCCAUUGAUGUUCUAUUCAGCAUCGCCAGCAGCGGCGCUGACAACUUCCAAUUGACCAUGACGGUCACCGAAGCCUUUGAAGAUAUCGUAGACCAGAUUACCGAGCACGGUCCAGAUGCAUACAUGCGUCUCUGCGAAAAGGUUCUCCCAUCAUUGAUGGGUGCCAUUGACGUCGGAAAUCUGACAGAGGAGAACUCAUUGACGGUCUUUGCCGCAGAUCUCCUCCGCGCCUUGGCCGAGCGCAGUCUCGAGCCAAUGCCUGCUGGUUUCAUCGAAACUGUGAUGCCAAAGGUGAACCGCCUGUUGCUGGAAUCGGAUGAGGCUGAGUUGAUCCGACCUGCCACUGAGGCCGUGCGUCACAUGCUUUCCCACGACUUUACCCAGUUCGUUGCCUGGCGUGACCCUCAAUCCGGCAAAGAAGCGCUUGAGGUCGUGCUGGUCAUCAUCGACAGACUCCUCGGCCCGGCCGUUGACGACAAUGCCGCGACAGAGGUUGGCCAGCUGGCUGCAGAGCUCGUCGAAAAAGCCGGCUCAGAACGUCUCGGUCCCUACCUACCCCAGCUUCUGCAAGCUGUGGCCCAGCGACUGGCCUCAGCCCAGAAGGCUCAAUUCAUUCAGAGCCUUAUCCUCGUUUUUGCCCGUUUGACCCUCAUCAGUGCCCGCGAAGUCGUCGACUUCCUUGCACAAGUCAACCUGGACGGCCAGAGCGGCCUUGCAGUCGUGCUCAGCAAAUGGCUCGAGAACUCUGUCAACUUCGCUGGUUACGACGAGAUCAAGCAAAACACAUUCGCCCUCGCACGGUUGUACGAGCUCGCCGAUCCACGAGUCGCCGAAGUCCCCGUGAAGGGCGACCUUAUCAUCCAAGACACGGGCCGCAUCAAGACCCGCUCGCAAGCUCGCAAUAACCCCGACCGGUACACAACGGUUCCGGCGCCAUUGAAAAUCAUCAAAGUCCUCGUUGAAGAACUCGCCGCUGCAUCCGGCAACAAGGAAAUCGACGCCGCGACUGCCGCUGCCCUCGACGACGCGGACAGUGAUGAUGGUGAUGACGACUGGGAGGAUAUGCCUGGCCACACCCUUGAUCUCGGUCUCGGCGUUACAAAGCAGCAGCUGAUGAGCUUCGGCGAGGGUGGUUCCGAGAGUGUAUUCGGUGUGCGGAAGCGCGAUGAUGAGACGCAGGGUUUCCUGGUCGAGUUCUUCAGACAGGCUUCUACGCAGCCCGGAUUCCAAGAAGUCUAUUCUGCUUUGACACCCGAUGAGCAGGUUAAGCUGCAGGGUCUGUGA